CUCAAGGAGAUGUAUACUAUAAUUUAAGGGCAACCUGCUAUUCUACACCUCUCUAUCUAUUGUUUAAAAAAAAAAGAGUAUUUUUCAAUUUUGGGGAGUUUAUUGACCUUCCUCAGCCUAAGUACUCUUGUGGAGGCCGUAUCUAGUGAUUAAAGGUUACUCUGUGAUUCUCGGGUGUGUGGUCGUUCAUAACACGUCCCUAGACCAUGCUUGCCUUGUGGCUGCUCCUGCUCCCGUGCCUGUCUCUGUCGCCGCUCGUUCAGACCGAGAAGGGCCUGGAGUUCCCUCGCUAUGACGGGAAAGACCGAGUCAUCGACAUCAAUAACAAGAACUACCAGAAGGCCAUGAAGAAGUACACCAUGAUGUGUCUGCUGUACCACAAACCCAUCCCUGACGGGAAGGAGCUGCAGAAACAACACCAGAUGACUGAGAUGGUGCUGGAGCUGGCUGCUCAGGUUAUGGAGGAAAAGGAGAUUGGGUUUGGAAUGGUAGACUCCCACAAAGACACCAAGGUUGCCAAGAAGCUGGGCCUGGUGGAAGAGGGCAGUGUGUAUGUGUUCAAGGCAGACCGUGUGAUUGAGUUUGACGGCAUGCUCUCUGCCGACACCCUGGUGGAGUUCCUUCUAGACCUUUUGGAGGAGCCUGUGGAGGUGAUAGGAAAUGCUCUGGAGCUGAGGGCCUUCGACAGGAUGGAGGAAGACAUCCGCCUCAUUGGAUAUUUUAAGAACGAGGACUCAGAACACUACAGUGCGUUCAAGGAGGCUGCAGAGCAGUUCCAACCCUACAUCAAAUUCUUUGCCACCUUUGAGAAAGCUGUGGCCAAGGAGCUGACCCUGAAAAUGAACGAGGUGGAUUUCUACGAGCCCUUCAUGGAGGAGCCUGUCACCCUCCCUGACAGACCCAACUCUGAGGAGGAGAUCGUGGCUUUCGUCACUGAACACAGAAGGCCAACACUGCGAAAGCUGCGUGCUGAGGACAUGUUUGAGACAUGGGAGGACGUUGUGGAGGGGAGCCAUAUAGUGGCCUUCGCAGAGGAGGAGGACCCUGAUGGUUAUGAGUUCCUGGAGCUGCUGAAGGAGGUGGCUAGAGACAACACCCACCACCCUGGUCUCAGCAUAAUCUGGAUCGACCCUGAUGACUUCCCCCUGCUUAUCCCCUACUGGGAGAAGACCUUCCAGGUGGACCUGUUCAAACCUCAGAUUGGCGUUGUCAACGUAACUGAUGCUGACAGCAUCUGGCUGGAGAUGGAAGAACAAGAUCUGCCCACAGCCCAGAAGCUGGCGGACUGGAUAGAGAACGUCCUGUCUGGCAAGGUCAACACAGAGGAUGAUGAUGACGACGACGACGACUCUGAUGAUGACUCUGAUGAUGACUCUGAUGACGAUGAUGACUCUGAUGAUGAAGAAGACGACAACGAUGAUGAAUAAUUCAAAAACUGUGAAUUUGUCAUCUAGAAUUCAUAAUCCCCGAG